UCCGCAGCUGGCGGCCAGUCAAUCUCACCCAUUCGCCUCGCCACGUCAUCAGCAGGUCGAAAAGCCGAGCCCAAACCAGCUGGGAUUUCCCAGGACGCGCCUCGAUGCUCGAAUGAUAAAUACAAACCGAAUUUCGAUGCUGCAUGCGCAAUGUGCGACUCGAUUUCGAGAGGCGGCCUCACGGGGAUCGCCAGCUUGGAAUCGAGAAUUCGAGAGGCGAGUGAGGGAUGAGGGGUGCGCACUGCUCGCCUGCGCACUGCUCGCCUGCGCACUGCUCCUUCCGCUCGUCAGCACGGCGAUCAAUUGCGCCGGGCUCCACUCUACGCCGGGCUCCGCUCGCCUCAGCAGGGGCAGCAGCAGCAUCAGCGGCAGGCACCGCGGCACUACUGCCUCCCCAAGCUUUGAGACGGCUGAACAGGACGCGCAUUGGUCCCUGUGUUGGUCCCUGUUCAACGCAGGACGCGCAUUGGUUCCCGUAGACAGUCCACCACAGUCCUCUCUGAAGCUAUAACUUUCGUCCAUCGACUUUUGAGUCGACUCAACAGUCCACCGCAGUCCUCUCUGGAGCUAUAACUUUCAUCCGUCGUCGCAGUGGUUCCCAUUUCCGCUCUGCUCUUGUGCUUCCUAGGCCGUUUACUCCCCUCUGUUUAUGGCCAGCUUCGGGAAUCUCUAGUAACUGGGUGGUAACCACCAAUUGGCAGCUCCAUAGACAUAUAGGCUUGUUACGCAUCACUUUAUUGCUGCUUUGAGGAUCGGCCGUGACCGGUUCUGUGCGGUGUCGUGCGGUGACCUUCGGUAGGCGAGUGAGCAGCGUCAAAUUGGAACCAUGUUGCCUGGAGCAGCAGGCGGCGGAGGGGGAGCAGGAGGGAGAGGAGGGGGGGGAGGAGGGGGGAAGGAUGGGGGCGGCAAGCGCAAGAUGUUUGCUAAGAGCAAGCGCUCGUUCCACCACUGGGUCAGCCCGCUGCUGCGAUUCCUGCAGCUCUUUGCAACAGUGUGCGCACUGGCAGUGAUGCUGACAGCCAAGGUCGCCGGCAUAAGCUACUCGUCCUUCCACGCCUUUCGGUACCUCAUAGCAGCCAGCGUCAUAGCCGGCUUCUGGGCGCUGCUGCUGCUGCUGAUCGAUCUCGGGCUGCUUGCUGCUGGGAGGACGUCCCACUCCGCCAUCCUCAAGAUUCUCAGGAUCAUCGGGGACUUCAUCGCUGCUGCUCUGCUGCUUUCUGCAGGUGCAGCAGCAGCAGGGGUCACAACCUUCAAUGACCAGGGUGGUUUCCCCUAUCAGCAAACAAUUUGCGAGGGAAAUACCCCCUGGAAUUUCUUUUGCGGGAGGUCCAAGGCGGCCACUGCCAUGUCGCAUAUUGGCUUCUUUUUCUGCCUGCCAUCCAUAAUCCUCGAUAUUGGGUCACUCGCUAUAGAGUACUACGAGGCCAUAUGAUAUGGAAGACUGACAGUGUACACGGAGUGGGGAAAGUGGCUCUGUGUGAGCCCCUUGUGGAUUGAUGUAC